AGUUCCCGCCAGACUCCUGUCUCAGUUCCAAUUCCUUGAGAGUUUUUGUUCAAAAACACACACACACACACACACACUGACACUCACACGCUCUCCUGCCUCAUCCCCCUACACACAGUCCUUCUGGCCAGAUUCAGCAUUUAUCCAAACAAAGAGAGAGAGAGCAAAAGGAGAGAAAGAGCGACAGAGCCAGAGAGAGACCAAGAGCAAGCAGGUUUGAUGCAAUACUAAAAGAACUGCCAGUGAAUUUCUGGAGGAAGAACAAUAAAUACUGAGAAAACAAGUUGAUGGAACAGAAUUGCGAAAUCAACUCCCACCUCGGCUGUUUGGAAUUACAAACUUUAUCCCCGGCAGUGACUUCAUUUACAGUUAGUUACAAAGUCGGGAGAUUCUGCAAUAGUUGGUAUAAGUAAGUUAAAUAGUGAUUGUGGUGAGAAGAGCUGGUGAAGAACUGAAAUUUCAAUCAUGGAGGUAGAGAACUAUACCAGUCUACACGAGUUUACGGAGGAUAUAUCCUCCAGAGGAAACAAGCCUAUCCUAAACAACCACAGUGCCCAGGGGCUGAAGAGGGGGUCAGAGUGUCUCAGAGGUCAGACCGCCCUCUUUUUGCUGAUUGGUCUAUUGGCCUCCAUCUGUGCCAACAUCGCUGUGAGCGUGCUCUUGUUUAACAGGCCGUUGCCUAGUGUUCCCCUGGAGACAGCAGCUCUGACCCUGAAGCUGAACUCAGUUCGAGGACGUUAUGUCCGUCUCUGUGAUGACUACUCCAAACUGGGCCAGAGCUGCUCAAAGACAGUAAGGAAGUGUAGGGAGUGUCCUGAGGGCUGGAUUCAUGUAGAUGAGAAAUGUUACUCCUUCAGUAAUGACAAGAUGGACUGGCCGAGUAGCAGAGACAGUUGUACUUCCCUGGGCAGCCACCUUACCAUCCUGCACAGCAAGGAACAGCAUGACGCUCUAGAAAAAGAGGCCCGGAGGAUUGGCGGGUUUGACUACCACUUCUGGAUUGGCCUAUCAGAUAUAGAGAAGGAAGGGGAUUGGAGAUGGGUGGACAACACAACACUGACAAAUAAGUAUUGGGAUGAGUAUAGCUCUGAGCCUGACAAUCAUCACUCAGGAGGAUCACAUGGGGAGGACUGUGCCACCCUGGACAGCCAUUCGCAGACCUGGUUUGACGUACCGUGUGACCACAUCUACAAACGCAUUUGUCAGAUGGAUGCCAUCCGGCUAGACUGAAUCACAGGACUUAAACUAAGCCAUGAAUUUCCCAAUUAUCUAGAUCUACCGUCCAAGCAUUCAUGAGUAAUGGCAAUGUUUUCUUAAAUAGCUUCUCCUUUUUAUGUCUUUCAAGCGAUUUGAGAUGUUUUAGUGCAAUGAAAAGCGCUAUAAAAGUGAAAUGAUUAUUCUUACUGGAAACAUCAGAACUGGAAACUAAACUAGGUUAUAGGUCAGAUUUACUCAACUACACUGCCAAGUGUGCUUAUUACUUUGUAUUUUUCAGAAACCAUGAAACAAAACGGGACAGAAAAGGUUAAGAGAAGGGCUAAGAUAUAGAAGGACAAGAGGAGAUAAAGAUAGUUUUGUGGUAUAGCUUGUUUCAUGAAAUGUUCAUUCCCUACUCAAAAUAACAGAUGCAAACAUUUAGCAAAUCUGGCACCUUCUGCAAGGAGAAUUUCAAUGAAUGCACUCAAUUUAGUAAAUCAGUUACUGCAAUCAAGGAGGUAGAUGCUCUAAUCAACUCUGCUGCUUGCAAAACUGAUUGCUGUGAUACUUUUGAGCAAUCUGAGUGCUUUUUUUUACAUGUGUCCUGUACAUAAAUCUCCGAAAUAUUCUGUAUUGCUGCACUAACCAUGAAAAUAAAUUCCUGAGAGUCAAUAAAACUGUAUUUUCAAAUGAAA